UUUCCGUUUCUUAUUGCGUGAUUGUUUAAAAUGGUGGCAGCAUGGAUUUUAAAUCGAGAGAAUCCGAUUCUAUAUUAGAUUCGAUUAUCCUGGUUCGUAAACUUAUAGUACCUCCAAAUAAUGUAGGAUCGACAUCGGAGGAUGAGUUCAAAAACCCGAACCGAUACACAUUAAUCGUGCAUAGAAAAGUAAAGUGUGAUCAGGAAAACCAGAGCAUUACUGCCAAUUCGACCGGUUCUCGAAGAAGUAAACGGAAGCGCAAACGAUCUCGUUCAAGCAGAAGGAGUGCCGCUAAGGCUAAUAAUAUGCCUGGAAAACUUGAAUCCGACGCACAGGCUAACCGAGUAGAGUCUGUAAAUUCCAUGAAAACUGCGCAAUUUGAGUCCAGUCCAACUGAGCAGUCUGGUGCUGCUCGGUGUAGACCUCGACCAGAGGUAAAACCGAUAAGACAGGAAGCCUUGAAAGUUACUGAGCAGUCAAAACCAAAAAAGUUGAGGGUCGUCGUUAGUUUGUAUCGUACGCAGGCGGGUAUUUGGAACUCAGUUUCGGAAAUAAACACUACGACACCCGCGAGUGCCAUCAGUUAUGAGACUGAUUCAGAUUCGGACUCAGAACCCGAUUCACCGAAUGAUCAGAACAAACAGAUCAUGACACCUCGGCGUAGUCAAAAGUCUCAUAAAGAAAAAGGGGUAGAUUUUUCAGAAGAGUGCCAGCCUUCAAGUUCGGGUGUCGGGUUGUACCAUACGAAGUCGAUGAGCUCAGUUUCGGAAAUAAACAGUGGCACACCCACGAGUACCAUCGGUUAUGAGACUGAUUCCGAUUCGGACUCAGAAUCCGAUUCAUCAAUUGAUCAGAACAAACAGAUCAUGACACCUCGGCGUAAUCAAAACCCUCAUACAGAAAAGCUAGAUUUUUUAAAAGAGUGCCAGCCGUCAGGUUCGGGUGUCGGGUUGAACACUAGCCCAUCCACAAGUGCCACCGUUAGUCACAAGGCAGAGUCAUUCCAGAACAAACGGACCAUGACGCCUCGACGUGAUCAAAAGCCUCAUACAAAGGCACGGGAUACGGGUAGAAAGCUAGAUUUGUCGAAAGCGAGCGAGCAGUCAAAUUCAGAAGCAUUAGGGGUCAUCUUCGGUCUGUAUCAUACGGAGUCUGAGAUUUGGAAUGCGGUUUCGAGAUCAGACUUCAGCACACCCACGAGCGUCGAUAACGCACAGAUCAUGAUGCCUCGGCGUGAUCAGAAAUCUCAUACGGAUGCGCUUGGUACAAAACGGAAGCUGAAUGUAUCAGAAGAGAGCGAGCUGUCGAGUUCGGUUGUCGGUGUACGAUAUAAACGUACGAAGUCGAUGACUUCGAACUCAGUUUCGGAAAUAGACUUUAGCACAAACACAAGUACGAUCAGCCAGCUACCGGAGUCAUUGUUUGCCGAAAACAAACAGACCAUAAAGAAAACGAAGGCACGGGGUAAAGAACGGAAGCAGGCGUUCAAUGAUAAGCUUCUUCAUUGUACUUCCCAGCAUUCAAGUUCGGGUGUCCCUUUAUACCGAACGAAGUCGAUGAUUUGGAACUCAGUUUCGGAAAUUGAUUCUAGCGAGUGUCAUCACUCAAACGGUUCGGCGUAAUCGGGAGCAAAGCUGUGAAGGGGACUUUUCGAACGCCAAUUACAACCAAAGUUUGUUUAAUUUUUAUUGCUUUUGUAUUUCCAAAAGUGCAAUACCGAACCAAACGGAUCGAGAGCGUAUUGACUUUGUGAGGUCUUUUUUUUUUAUUUUGUUAGAUUUAAACAGAUACAGCUGCUAGGCGUACAUUAGCUCGGCGAAGUGAAGUGUAAACUCUAGGGUGGUUCCUGAGU